ACGAUGAUCACUGAUGGCAGCCAGUCGAAACUCGUUGAGACAUGUCUCGACCAGCCUGCUCGCGAUAUUUGUAUAUCUAAUCGAGGAAUUCACCGCUGAAGUAUUAAGACAGAUGAAGAAGUUCGUGUUCUUUGCACAGGUUUCUGUUUCUAGUGAAAAGUCUGAAGAAUAGUAACCAGAUAGAAGCAGCGGAUAUCUAGCUGGAGAACGGAACCCAGUUCUGCCCAUUUUUUCCCCUGACCUUUGAUGAAAAAAUCUAUAAGGGUAGAAGAAGAAGAAUAUUAUCAGCUAAUAUCUUAUCACUAAAUAUGACAAUGGAUACAAAACGCACAAUUAUAUUAACAGGAUAUGGUCCGUUUGGUAAACACACGAUAAAUGCUAGUUGGGAAGCUGUUAAAUUUAUUUCAAGUGAAUACUGUAGAACUGGAAUAUUGGCGGAUUUUAAUUUAAUUAUCGAGGAGCUUCCAGUCGAUUAUAAUCAUGUCGCUUCACGUAUUCCACAACUGUGGAAGAUUUACGACCCAGUGUUUGUAAUACACGUUGGAGUUUCUUCUAUUGCUGAAUGCAUCACCAUAGAAUCACGGGCGCACAGCAAAGGAUAUAUAAGAGAGGAUAUAAAUAAUACUUGUCCAGACGAGAGUAAUGUUGAAGAAAAUAAUCUUAUAUUGGAGACCGUAUGCGAUGUUAAACAAAUUUGCAAUUAUAUUAAUAAUAUUGAAAAUUCGAAUAUUAAAGCUUCCGUUUCCCACGAUGCUGGUCGAUACCUAUGCGAAUAUGUUUAUUAUCAAUCUUUGAAAAUUAAUCAGAAUAGAACACUCUUUGUUCAUGUGCCAGAUUUGAAUAUUUAUCCAACUGCCCAAACUGCUUCCGGACUUUAUAACGUUUUACGACAUAUACUGGAGUUUAAAAAUAUUUAAGACAUGGGUAAAAUUAAGAAAUUCUUCUUGUUUAUUGAGAACUCCAUACUGUGUGUACAAAAAAAACUGACAUAAUACAUAAAUAAAAUCAUAUUUACGGACCACCAA